GUGACUUGCGGAGAUAUCUCUUUAAACCUCCUCCCAGAAAAAUGUGGAUCCAAUACAUUCUUACUCUUCACAAAUGUAUGACAUUUCUCUGCAAAAUUUGAUUUUGAUUUUUGCAGUGAAAAGGAUAGAAAUUUAAAGCGGAAGAUAAAAUGGUUUUUGAUUAAGGAAGAAGAGUGAAGAAGAGAUAAAAAAUGGUGUCUCCGAUGGAUUCGAUUUACCCAUGUAUGGUGGAGGAACGUUCUCCUCGGAAGCAAGUAGAAGAAAGUGGAUUCGACAUGGGCAAUCUUGAUCACUUGUCUUUUGGUGAUUUAUUGGCUCUAUCAACCUCUAGACCAAACUAUUUCUCCGGUCACACCUCUUGGGCUAGUAAUGCCUCAGAAACAACAAGAGCUUAUGAUUCCGGUCUGAUGAUCAGUGAUGAAAUUUCUCCGAUUUACCCAAACACAGUGGAGGAACAAGCUCAUUGGAAUCAGUUAGAGCAAAGAAGUCUCGACAUGAGUGGUCUUGAACAGUUGUCUUUUGGGGACUUUCUGGCUCUAUCCAACAAUGCACCCGUCUAUUGCUCUGGUCAGACCAUCCCUUGGGCUAGCAAUGCCUUAGAAACCACAAGAAACUCAGAGAUAAUGCAACAACGUAAUGAAGCAGUGAAUUGCCUCAGCACAGUGAGUAACAAUGUUACAUCAGUUUCUUUCUCCGGCCAGACACAUUUGGUCUCAGAGCCUACAACUACAAGAUAUACAGAGAUGAUGAAAAAAGGUAAUGAAGCAGUGGAGAUUCUGAGCUCAGUGAGUAACAAUGUUGCUGAAGAGAUCAUCAACAAUGUUGCUGAAGAGAUCAUCAAGACUCCCGAAAAACCAAAGAGGAAGAAGCAUAGGCCAAAGGUUGUUAAAGAAGCUAAACCCAAGCGGGCGCCUAAACUGCCAACUCCGAGGAAAUCUGUUGUUGCUCAUGGUCAAGAAAGCAAAACACCGAGGAGGAAAUACGUGCGGAAGAAGGUGGAAGUCAAUAUGGAUCAAGAAUCUACUCCGGUUGAACCACCACCAGUUGUAGAAACUUUAACUCAUGCUAAGAAGCUCUGUAGACGAGUCUUGGAUUUUGAACUUGAAAAUGGAGAAAACCAGUCCAACAGCGACACAAAACAAGAAGAUGAGACAGAAUCAGCUCCCAGAGAAAAGCUGUUAGGUUCCAUUAAUCAAGAAUUAAAAGAUUUCCUUCGUUCUUCGCCUAGCACGCCCAAGAGAAAGCGUAGCCAAUGUAAAAGAAAGGGAACAGAACCAAACAAGAAUGGCGGUAGUCAAGAAGGAGUUGAUCGUUCGGUGGCACAAGCUGCAAAGAGAAGACAAGCAAAAGAACCAACUUUUGGUGACUUAAAUCCACCAAGGUUUCAGUACGAUGAGGUAUGUGACUACCAGAAUAUGCAUUGGUUGUAUAUCCGAAACUUGCAACAGGAAGGGAUUAGAUCCGAACCCAUUUGCAGCACAUCAUUCGCUGGGCAAAAACAUAAGGAUGUUUCUGCCUUUGACUCUAACUGCUACAGUUUCACAUCUCAGCCCAUUGCUGAUAGAGUCCUAACCAUAGAAGAAAAACGGGAAGGUAUCUUUCAAGGAAGGCAACAGUUUGAGUUCAAUGUUCUCUCAGAUAAGAUAGAUACACCAAUGAAGACAAGAACUACAGGUCAUGUAAGAUUGCGGAAUUUAUCAUCUAUGGAUAAAAAUAUGGAAGUUGCUGAGCAGUUACCCUCAGGAUAUCAUAGCAAUUCACAGCAGAACAAUAAUAAUAUUCUUGUUGAUAAACGGGUGACCGUGAGCAAAAAGAAGCGAAUCACUAAGUCUAAGAAAUCACAAGCCAACCAGAAAACUCAUCUUCCGAGUCACUGCCACUUUCCAGCUUCAUUUUCUGGUCUUUCCCAGGAUGAACUUUGGAAACAGCCUAACUUAGUCGAAGCAAUAACUGAACAAUUGCGUAUAUUAGAUAUCAACAGGGAGAGUUGUGAAACUGCUAUCGUUCCUUACUCAUCGAAAAACCAAGGAAACCAGCUUGUACUUUUCCGAGGUGGCGGUGGAGCAAUUGUGCCUGUAACUCCUGUUAAAAGACGGCGGCCACGACCAAAGGUUGACCUAGACGAUGAGACAGAAAAAGUGUGGAAACUGCUACUUGAGAAUAUUAAUAGCGAGGGUAUUGAUGGGUCAGAUGAGCAGAAGGCGAAAUGGUGGGAGGAAGAACGUAAUGUGUUUCGAGGACGAGCAGACUCAUUUAUAGCACGGAUGCAUCUUGUACAAGGGGAUCGACGUUUUACACCUUGGAAGGGAUCCGUUGUUGAUUCUGUUGUUGGAGUGUUUCUCACGCAGAACGUUUCAGACCAUCUUUCAAGUUCUGCUUUCAUGUCACUUGCUGCAGAGUUUCCCGUCCCUGCAGCAACCAGCACUAACUUUGACUUUGGAACAAGAUCGAUGCCUUCUAUUCAAAUAACUUACUUGGACUCAGAGGAAUCGAUGUCAAGCCCACCUGAUCACAAUCAGAGUUCUGUUACCUUAAAAAACAUAGACCCUGAUGAGGAGAAUGGUUAUGUACAUAGCAAUGAGACCUCCAGAAGCAGUAGUGAGUUUGCCAGCUCAUCCCAUGAAUCAGAUGGCAAAACCACAUAUUCCAAGAUGUACGUGGAGUCAGAUCGAAAAGGCUUAAGUGUAGAGGUUGCUAAGAUAGAUCAGGAGUGCCUUACCCUAAAUCUGUUUCCAUCAGAAGAUUCUGCACUCACAUGUCAACGUUCAAUGGUUUCUGAUGCUCCCCAAAAUACAGAGAAAGCAGGAUCAAGCGAGAUCAACUUAGAAGGAGAGUAUCGUACUUCCUAUCUGAAGCUCUUACUGGGCGUACAAGUCUCACUAGAAGAGUCCAAUCAAAAGAGUCAGUAUGAAAAUUCAAGGCAAGAAGUUGGGGUUUCAAGCAAUCCUAGUAGCCUUCAAGUAUCACCAAAUAUGUCUCCCGGUGAUUGUUUCUCAGAAGUUACUGACUUCCAAUCAUUGAAAAGGCCCACAAAAUCUUCCGAUGAUAGUUAUGAACCAUCUUGUAGCUAUCAGCAAGAUGGGGAUGUUUUGAGUAGUCGAAAACCUGUGAUGCCUGAAAGCUGUUCGAAAAAACACAAAGGUAGCUUCCAGAUUCCAGAUCUUAAUGAAAGCACAAGUUGUCUUGAUGUCAUCGAAGACACAGAAAAACCACCAGAUCCUUACUCAAGGCCGCUACGAGACUCAUCGUGCAAAGAGCUCAAUCCUAUAGAUGAUGUUACCUUAAAUGCAAAUGGAAAAAAGGUUCAAAAGCAGAAAAAAGAGGCAUUUGAUUGGGAUAGUUUAAGAAGAGAAGCAGAAGGUAGAGAGGGAAAAAGAAAAAAAUCAACAAGGACUAUGGACUCAGUGGACUGGGAGGCGAUAAGAACAGCGGAUGUUAGUGAAGUUGCCGAAACAAUCAAGAAACGAGGGAUGAACCAUAUGCUUGCGGAACGUAUACAGGGCUUCCUUGAUCGACUGGUCAACAAACACGGUAGUAUCGAUCUUGAAUGGUUGAGAGACAUUCCACCCGAUAAAGCAAAGGAAUAUCUUCUGAGUUUUAGAGGAUUGGGCCUAAAAAGUGUGGAGUGUGUGCGGCUCCUAACACUGCACCAUCUUGCGUUUCCAGUUGAUACGAAUGUUGCACGCAUAGCUGUUAGACUAGGGUGGGUACCCCUUCAGCCACUCCCAGAGUCACUUCAGUUGCAUCUUCUAGAAAUGUAUCCUAUUCUUGAAUCUAUUCAAAAGUAUCUUUGGCCACGUCUCUGCAAACUCGACCAAAAAACAUUGUACGAGUUGCACUACCAGAUGAUUACCUUCGGAAAGGUGUUUUGCACAAAGAGCAAACCUAAUUGUAAUGCAUGUCCAAUGAGAGGAGAAUGCAGACAUUUUGCCAGUGCGUUUGCAAGCGCAAGGCUUGCUUUACCUGGUACAGAGAAAGGUAUGGGGACACCUGAUAAAAACCCUUUGCCUCUGCACCUACCAGAACCAUUGCAUAGAGAGCAAGGGUCAGAAGUAGUAAAGCACUCAGAACCGGUAAAGAAGGUCAAAUUUUGUGAACCAAUAAUCGAAGAGCCAGCAUCACCAGAGCCAGAAAGCGCACAAGUAUCAAUAGCUGACAUAGAAGAUGCAUUUUUUGAGGAUCCGGAAGAAAUUCCUACAAUCAGGCUAAACACGGAUGCAUUAACCAGUAACUUGAAGAAAAUAAUGGAACACAAUAAAGAAUUACAAGUUGGAAACAUAUCCACCGCUUUGGUUGCACUUACUGCUGAAGCUGCUUCCCUUCCAAUGCCGAAGCUCAAGAACAUCAGCCGGUUAAGGACGGAACAUCAAGUUUAUGAAAUUCCAGACUCACAUCCUCUUCUAGUUGAGUUGGAGAAGAGGGAACCUGAUGAUCCAUGUUCUUAUUUGCUAGCUAUUUGGACGCCAGGUGAGACGGCGGAUUCCAUUCAACCAGCUGUAAGUAAGUGUAUAUCCCAAGCAAAUGGUAAGCUUUGUGAUGAGGAGACUUGUUUCUCAUGCAAUAACAUCAAGGAGGCAAGAUCUCAGACAGUGAGAGGGACAAUCUUGAUACCAUGUAGAACCGCAAUGAGGGGUAGCUUCCCUCUCAAUGGAACCUACUUCCAAGUCAAUGAGGUGUUUGCGGAUCAUGCAUCCAGCCUAAACCCAAUCGAUGUUCCAAGGGAAUGGUUAUGGGACUUACCUCGACGAACAGUCUACUUUGGAACUUCUAUACCUACGAUAUUCAAAGGUUUACCUACAGAAACAAUUCAACAAUGCUUUUGGAGAGGGUAUGUAUGUGUGCGUGGAUUUGAACGCAAGACAAGAGGACCAAAACCUUUGAUUGCCAGAUUGCACUUCCCGGUAAGCAAAAUGAAGUCACGGGCUAACCCGCCUAAUCAGAGUGCUGUGUAGGCAAAGCACAUAAAUAUGACUUAUGGGUUAGAAAUAGCAAACUGUACAAAACUAGCUGAUGCAACGGAACCGCCAACAUCAUCUCAUGAGCCAGCCAUCACAUAUUUGAUAAUGACUAGAAUAGAUUGGUGUUAUCAUUGUUUGCAAUCUUCAUUGAUUUUAGUUGAAUUAAUAAAACAAGAGAUAGUAUUCUUUGUUCCUUGUUCCAGUGUCCUUUGAGGGUAUCAACGAAAUAGAAGAAGUCAAUACGUUUUGGUUUCCUCCUCAGAUUAACAAAUCCCAUUUUGUGUUGA